AACGAUGAAGCCCCCCCCUCUGGGGACGCUGCUGCGGGCCCUGGGCCGCCGCGACGGCAGCGACACGCCCCCCGCCCCCCCCCACAGCUUCCGAGAGAAGGCUCCGCGGCGGGGGGGGCCCUGCGCGGUCUGCGCGGAGCCGCUGGGGCCGCCGGGGCUGAGCUGCAGAGUCUGCAAGCUGAGCUGCCACAAGCGAUGCGAGGGGAAGGUGACGUCACCGUGUCAGGCCCCGCCCCCUCCUGAGCAGCGCAGAAGCACCGCCCCCACCCGCCGCAGCGAGCACGUGGGCUCCACCAAGUCCCUGAGCACCACCCCACAGAGAAACACCCUGCCCAGGUCUCAGUCCCUGGAGCGCCCCCUGCUGUUGGGCCCGGACCUUGACGUCCGCUACGUGAGCGCGCAGCUGCUGAGCCUGCGCUUCCCGCGCGCGCUGCCCGAGCCCCGCCUGCGCCUGCUCCUGCGUCACGUGGCCCAGAUGCUGCGCUCCCGGCACCGCGAGCACUACAUGAUCUUCAACCUCUCCGAGAAGCGCCGGGACCUGGCGCUCCUGAACCCCAGAGUGCAGGACUUUGGGUGGCCAGACCCGCUCGCCCCCCCCCUGGACAAGCUCUGCUGCAUCUGCAAAGCACUGGAGGGGUGGCUGAGGGGGCAGCCCCAGCGCCUGGCAGUGCUGCACUGCAAGGGCAGUAAGGGCAAGGCGGCCGUCGUCGUGGCAGCCUACAUGCACUACAGCCAAGUGACUGCCAGUGCUGAUCAGGCGCUGAGCACCCUGAGCAUGAGGAAGUUCUGCGAGGAGAAGGUGGGGAUGGAGCCGUCACAGCGCAGGGCCGUGGAGCUCUUUGGGGCGCUGCUCUCGGGGCAGCAGCGGCUCAGCAGCAGCCCCGUGUUCCUGCAGCACGUCCUGCUGCCCGCCCUGCCCGGCUACGGCGCACACGGCUGUCGGCCCUUCCUGAAGAUCUACCAGGCACUGCAGCUCGUCUACACCUCGGGGGUCUACUCCCCAGGCCCCCACAGUCUCUGCAUCAGCCUGGAGCCGGCGCUGCUGCUCAAGGGCGAUGUCCUGGUCACGUGUUACCACCGGCAGCUGGGGGGGCGCGAGCCCGUGUUCCGGGCCCAAUUCCAUACGGGAACGCUGCGGGGGGGGCGGCUGCGGCUGCCCCGGGGAGAGCUGGACCUGGCCUGGGAAGACGAGCGCUUCCCCCCCGAGGGCAGCGUCGAGUUCGUUUUCUCCUCGGGCCCUGAGAAGAUCCAAGGCUGGGACCCCCCCGGCGCCCCCCCCGCCCCCGUGGAUUACGGGGUCCUGGACCCCGCCGUGCGCAGAGACUCGUACGAGGGCUUCGACCUGAGGCACCAGGACAGCCUGGAGGAGCUCCCAUUGGACUCCAGCCCCUACCCGGGGGGGCAGAGGCCGCAGCGCUCCUGGAGCCCCGGGGGGGGCCCCCCCAGCCCGGACCCCCCCAUCCCGGAGCCCCCCCCCGGCCGCCCGCCCCCCCCCACAGCGGCCGAGCGCCAGGAGCUGGAGCGGCUCCUGGGGGGCUUUGGGGUGCGGGGGGGGCCCCAGGAAGAGCGGGAGACCCCGAUCCUAGGGGAUGAGCCCGGGGGGACCCCCCCAUCCCAUGGGAUGGUAGCGUCCUAUGGGAGCCCCAUGUCCUAUGGGAGCACAGCAUCCCUCGGGACCCCCCCAUCCCAUGGGACCACAGCAUCCUAUGGGACCACAGCAUCCCCCGGGAGCCCUGCAUCCCUUGGGAGCCCCACAUCCUAUGGGAGCCCUGCAACCCAUGGGACCCCAAUAUCCCAUGGGACCACAGCAUCCUAUGGGAGCCCUGCAUCCCUUGGGAGCCCCAUAUCCUAUGGGAGCCCUGCAUCCCUCGGGAGCCCCACAUCCUAUGGGAGCCCUGCAUCCCAUGGGACCCCAAUAUCCCAUGGGACCACAGCACCCUAUGGGAGCCCUGCAUCCCAUGGGACUACAGCAUCCUAUGGAAUCACAGCAUCCUACGGGACCACAGCAUCCCUCGGGAGCCCCACAUCCUAUGGGACCCCAAUACCCCAGAGAACCCCAACACCCCAUGGGAGCCCCACAUCCCAUGGGAGCCCAGCAUCCCAUGGAACCACAGCACCCUACGGGACCCCAACAUCCCAUGGGACCCCCACAUCCUAUGGCACCCCAGCAGCCUACAGUACCCCAACCCCACAGGGGACCCCGACAUCCUAUGGGACCCCCACAUCCCCUGGGAGCCUGACACCUUAUGGGACCCUGACAUCCCUUGGGACCACAGCACCCUAUGGGACCCCCACAUCCUAUGGGUCCCCAAUGCCCCAGGGAACCCCGACACUGUAUGGGACCACAGCACCCUAUGGGACCCUGACACCCCACGGGACCCCAACAUCCCAUGGGAGCCCAGCAUCCCCUGGGACCACAGCAUCCUAUGGGACCACAGCAUCCUAUGGGACCAUAGCAUCCCCUGGGACCACAGCAUCCUAUGGGACCACAGCAUCCCCCGGGACCGUAGCAUCCUAUGGGACCAUAGGACCCUAUGGGACCACAGCAUCCUAUGGGACCCCCGGCCCCCCCCUGUGCCGCCGGGCCAGCCUGGCCCCCCCCUGCUCGUGUCGCCGUCCCCCCAGCCCCGAGGCACCCCGCGAUGGGGGGGGGCUCCCCUCGGGGGUGGGGGGCAGGCGGGGGGUGCAGCGCUCGCUCUCCGAGGGCCCCCCCCCUCUCUAUGGGCUGGGGGGGGGCACGGCCUGGGGGGGCCCCCCCCGCCCCCAGCCCCCCCCCUCCGAGGAGCCCCCCCCUUGUCCCCACUGCGGCCGCCCCGGCUUGGGGCUGAGCUGGAGCCCCACCCCUCGGGCCCCCCCUGGCAAAGGGGGGUGCGAACCCCCCGGGCUGGAGACCCCCCAGCAGGAACCCAAUGCUCGCAGGAGCCCGGGGGCGGGGCUCCCCUGGCGCCCCCACCCCGAGAGCCCGGAGCCCCCCCCCGGGCCCUCCCCCCCCGCCUUCCCCCCCCCCGGGCCCCGCUCCUCGCCCCUCCCCCAGCACGAGGAGGGGGCUGGGGGGAGGGGGGACCCCCCCGGGGCCGGAGCCCCCCCCGCGGGCGGCUCCUUCGUGCAGGACACGAGCAAAUUCUGGUUCAAACCCGGGCUGAGCCGGGAGAGAGCCGUGGCCCUGCUCCAGCACGAGGCUCCCGGCUCCUUCCUCAUCCGCCAGAGCAGCAGCUUCCGGGGCGCCUUCGGGCUCGCGCUGAGGGUGGGGGAGCCCCCACCCCGCUGCCCCCCCGGCAGGGGGGACCCCCAGGCGCAGCUGGUUCGGCACUUCCUGAUCGAGACCGGGCCGCGGGGGGUCAAGAUCAAGGGGGGGCCCCAGGAGCCCCACUUCGGCAGCCUGCCCGCGCUGGUCCUGCAUCACUCCAUCAGCCCCAUCUCCCUGCCCUGCCCCCUGCGCAUCCCCACCAAAGACCCCCUGGAGGACGCCCCCGAGGGGCCGGUGCCCCCCAACAUGAGCACGGCCGCGGAGCUGCUGCACCAGGGGGCAGCCUGCCGCGUGCUCUACGUGGGCUCUGCGGGCACCGAGUCCCUGACGGGGCCGCCCGCGGUGGCCAAGGCCGCGGGUUCGAUCCUGGGGGACCCCGCGCGGGCCCCCCCGGGCCCCGUGCACUUCCAGGUGACGGCGCAGGGCAUCACGCUCACAGACACCGAGCGCAGGCUCUUCUUCCGCCGGCACUACCCCACCAGCAGCAUCACGCACUGCAGCACUGACCCACAGGACCGCAGAUGGGUGAAUCCGGAUGGAACCACCUCCAAGAUCUUUGGCUUCGUGGCUCGGCAAUGGGGGGGGGGCCCGGGGGGGGCCAAUUCCUGCCACCUCUUUGCCGAGCUGGACCCGGAGCAGCCGGCCGGAGCCAUCGUCACCUUCAUCACCAAGGUGCUGCUGGGCACCCGCCGCCAGUGAGGCCCCCUCGGGACCCCCCAUUACCGGGGGGGGUCCCCCCAAUAAAGCCAAGCCUGUA